AUGUUCCACAUCCGGUUCUCCAGCUUAGCCCCGUGCUCAGUGCUCUGCCCUCUGCUUGCCAUCUCCCAAAAAGCAGUUUUCACAUCCACCUCGCCGCGCAAAAAGGCCGACGCAGGGUACCUCAGGUUCCAGCCAUCCAUUGACUUUGCCGCCGACGGCUGCUACAACCGACCAGCGGUCGACAAGAAUGGCAGCGUGAGCGCCGGGCUCCCAUUCGCAGCCAUGGGGCUGCCGAGACGCGGCGGACCUAGACAACAACAACGUCGGCGCAUGGCGACUGCGACGUCAAGCCGGUCGCUGGCGUUCGCAUGGAUGGUACAUUGCGAAACCCCCCCAAGGGGCCUUGGUUCCAUGGUGCUUUGGUUUAAUGGGAGCUCGCGGCCGACUUUGGCAGCGGUCACCUGGCUCUCGAGGGUGGGGACUUUACCCAGGACCUCAUCGGCAGUUCGACACUAUGGAAAUGAAGGCGAUGGAGCGCGGUCCGAAGAAGGACAACUUUGA